GCUGUCGAUAAUCCGUCACCGGCAACCAUUAUCCUGAUAGCCGGUGACCGAGAUUAUGCUUAUGCCAUUUCAACCCUCCGCCUUCGACAGUAUAGCGUCGUCCUCAUCGUGCCCCCAGCGCCAAACAUUCCCCAGAGUCUGGAGUCUCAGGCCUCUGUCGUAGUGGACUGGAAUUUUGCGAUUCUUGGAAAGCGCACAGAAACUGAUACAUCCCCAGUGCGGCAACCUUAUCGCAACCUUGACGAGGAUGUUUUCGAGCGCCUGACGCGGGAAAUUCGAGAUUCGAAUGAAGAUCCUGCCGUUACCCUCCUUUCCUCGUCUCUCCCCACACCACCUGCCCAUACGCGACGUGUUAGUGUAACAGAGGAACUACAGCCACCAGUGUUUGAAUGGAACACAGACUCAGCAUCAUCCCUGAGGCACCUAGUAUACGUCCUAGAUUCGGGUCACGGGCUAGAUACGUGACACAGUCGACGCAGACUGUUCCAAAUAUUGAUCGAAGCCCAGACUCCCCUCUCAAAAAGAAUAAUGCACUUUCAGAUGAAAGCCUUGCAGACGAUCGUGUUAGCACAGCUGAUGAGAUUCAGGAUGCGACUCGCGAUCCCUACGCCAGCAUAAUUGCCCGACUGGAGCGCAACCCGAACGGGCCUGGCGUACCCCAUACCAUGGGCCUAGGAAAUUUCCCACCUUCUCCAUUACCUGCCGUCCCGUACGACGUGGAUGCGAGGAGCGCUCCCCUUGGCCCCCCGUUACACACCCGCACCAUCUCGGGAUGCGCCUCCAUCUCGUACGGCAGCGCGCCUCAGAACGUUGUGCCUGCCGUUGUGCCCUUGUCAUCUGCAGACCCGCACAAACGGAAUGAUACCAUCACUACACCGAAAUCAACGAACACUGAUUCUGUCUCAGCCGUUAUGGACGAUUGUGUCCUUCCAUCGGACCAAGCAGCACUUAUGGACGCCUUUGGGCUUGGCGACGAUGUUCCAAAUGUCUUGAUUGGCAGUCCACUUUUGACUGAGGUCGAUGAUCCCUCACAUACAGUGAACUCUGCCGAAUCGUGCCACACCCCAAGCGAUACUUAUAUUUUAAUCUCUCCACCCAUCAAUAAUUCUUCCCCUGCCACUGAGCCUUCUGUAACUCCAAUGUCUCCGACGUCAUCGUCAUCGUCGGCUUCGGUCAUCUCCGAUUUCAACGUUACCAUGUCUAACGUUGGGAGCGGCUCACAACAAGCAAUGUCUGUUAUCGAUGACAACAAAGACGAAUAUUCAGGGUGUCGAGCACCUCUUAUCGAGUCCAUAGAAGACAAGAUUCGACGCCUUACACCCCCACAAUUCCUUCCGCUGAUCAAUCAGCUUCUACUGGAGAAGUCGAAAGGGAACAUGAAACCCCCCAGGUCCGAUAUUUCUACCGACUUGGGUCGGUGUAAAAAGGAUGUAUUCAAGCGCGCGGGCGUGACUAAGUUCGCGAAUUAUUUUUCGCUAGCGGAAAAAGCUUCUGUUAUCGAGCUUGGUGGGGGGAAGACUCGGGGCGGUGCCGCAUGGAUAGCCCUGCAUCCAAAUUGGUUCAGGCAGGAAAUUGAUGCACCGAAGUCAUCCGCCCCUUCGACUGUCCACAGUAACAAUCCUCCUACACCACAAGAUAACAUUUCUUGCUCCAAAACAUCAUUCACAGCAAGUACGCCGCCAUUGAGCACCGCGUCGCAGGGGACCACCAAGUUAGCUACACCGAAGUCCAACAGUCCACCUUCUCUGCCAGUGGUGCCGAUCCCGCUUUGCUUCCAGCCGCUCAUCGCCUGCCUGUCCAAUGUUCAUAAGAAUGGGAUAGUGAAGGCCUCUUUUUCAACGGUCGCCCUAGUGCUUGGAUCCGCGGUAUAUUCUAAAGCUGGCACGUCAAGUCCGGAAGAAUAUCUUGCUCAAGCCGUGGACGCCGGUGUUGUGCAAUGUGGAGGAGAUGGUGGUAGUGCAACGUGGGUGAAGCUUCAUCCCGAUGUGUUGAGUGGAAAGCGUUCUUGCUAGCAUGGUGUGUGUGAUGUCUC